CGCUGCGGCCGGUGUGAGCGCUGCCGCCCCGGUGCCCGCAGGGCGAUGGCGAGGCUGCGGGACUGCCUGCCCCGCCUGCUGCUCGCGAUCCGGUCCCUGCUCUUCUGGUCCCUGGUCUACGGCUACGGCGGGCUCUGCGCCUCCGCCCACCUGCUCCAGCUCCUGUGGAGCCUCGGCCGGGGCCCCGCGCGCACCUUCCGGCGGGGCGCGCGGGGGCACCCGCCCCGGUGCCUGAGCGACCCCUCCCUGGGCACCCACUGCUACGUGCGCCUCAAGGAUUCUGGACUGAGAUUUCAUUAUGUUGCUGCUGGAGAAAGAGGCAAACCACUCAUGCUGCUACUUCAUGGAUUUCCAGAAUUCUGGUAUUCUUGGCGUCACCAGCUAAGGGAGUUUAAAAGUGAAUACCGAGUUGUGGCGCUGGAUUUGAGAGGCUAUGGAGAAACAGACGCUCCCAUUCAUCGAGAGAAUUACAAACUGGACUGUCUAAUUACAGAUAUAAAGGAUAUUUUAGACUCCUUAGGUUAUAGCAAAUGUGUUCUUAUUGGCCACGACUGGGGGGGCAUGAUUGCCUGGCUAAUUGCCAUCUGUUAUCCUGAAAUGGUGAUGAAGCUUAUUGUUAUUAACUUCCCUCAUCCAAAUGUAUUUACAGAAUAUAUUUUACGACACCCUACCCAGCUGUUCAAAUCCAGCUGUUAUUACUUCUUCCAGAUACCAUGGUUCCCAGAAUUUAUGUUCUCAAUAAAUGAUUUCAAGGCUUUGAAACAUCUGUUUACCAGCCAUCGCACUGGCAUUAGAAGAAAAGGUUGUCAAUUAACCACGGAAGAUCUUGAAGCUUAUAUUUAUGUGUUUUCCCAGCCUGGAGCAUUAACUGGUCCAAUUAACCAUUUCCGAAAUAUCUUCAGCUGCCUGCCUCUCAAACAUCACACGGUGACCACUCCAACACUACUACUGUGGGGAGACAAAGACGCAUUUAUGGAGGUUGAAAUGGCUGAAGUCACAAAGAUUUAUGUUAAAAACUAUUUCAGGCUAACUAUUUUGUCAGAAGCCAGUCACUGGCUUCAGCAAGAACAACCUGACAUAGUGAACAAAUUGAUAUGGACAUUUCUAAAAGAAGAAACCAGGAAAAAAGAUUGACUUGUCUUUAUCUGCUAUGGGAGGUCGGUAAUAAAAUCUCUAAAUAUAUUUUUUAAAUUGUUCAUUAACUUCUGUGAAAUUCACUAGGAAAACAUUGCUUUCACAUGCUUUAUCAUCAAUAAAUAUCCUGACAACUAUUGCUGGAAAAAAAAAAAUCUGAGAAUGUGUGUGAACUGGUAAUAUAAUGUCGAUUUUCCUCUAUUGUAUUUUACACAGAAAACCACCUGCCUUAAAAUGCACACACUUGUACAAAAAG